CGUCUUUUGUUGUCGCUCGUUCACCAAGAAGCGAAUUCCAGGACGCAUCAUGGCAGCCGAACAGAGGAAGCUGCUCGAGCAGCUUAUGGGAGCGGACCAAAUGGUUGGCCUUGGAGCCACCUCGCGCAACGCCCAGCUGUCCAUCACCGACGCCAAAGUCUGCCGCUCGUACCUGGCGGGGACCUGUCCGCAUGACCUCUUCACAAAUACCAAGCAGGAUCUCGGCCCCUGCCCCAAGGUACACAGCGAGGGCUUGAAGACUGAGUACGAGACGGCCUCGCCCGCGGAAAGGGCGAAAUGGGGGUUCGACUAUGACUACAUGCGCGACAUGCAGAAAUACAUCGACGACUGUGAUCGGCGGAUCGACUCGGCGCAGCGGCGACUGGAGAAGACACCGGACGAGAUCCGCCAGACAAAUAACUUGUUGAAACAAAUCUCGGACCUCAGCAAGACGAUCAACACCGGUCUUUUGGAAGUGUCUGUGCUUGGCGAAACGGGCUCGGUGGCUCUGGCGCUGGGCGAGCUGCACAAGGUCCGCACCGCCAAACACCAAAAGGAGCAGUGCGAACGCGAGCUGAAGAACCUGCAAGACACCUCCGGCCCGUCAGGCCACCAGAAACUCCAGGUGUGCGACGUCUGCGGGGCGUACCUGAGUCGUCUGGACAACGACCGCCGGCUGGCAGACCACUUCUUCGGCAAGAUGCACAUGGGAUACUCGGAUAUGCGCAAGACGUUCAGGAAGCUCAGCGAGGAGCUCAAGGGCCGCGCACCCCCCGUGCGACAUCACGACGAUGACGAAGGGGGUGGCGGUUGGGGGGGUCGCGCCGGCGGUGGUCGCGGGCCUCGGUAUGGUGGUGGUGGUGGUGGCGGCGGCGGGGGUUACAGAAAACGAGGAGGGCGGUGGUGAUGGAAAAUCUCGCUAUAGUACUCGCUAGGUGC